AUGUCCACUCUAGUUCAAACUCCAAACUAUUUCUCUUCUACUUCCGCCAGCUCUACUCCUGCUCCUGCUUCUAUUACUAGGACUCCAGCCUCCACCCCUACUUCUGCCUCUCAGAAUGGGAAAAAUAAACUUGCCACAUAUCUAUUGGAAUCAGACUCCAAUAAAAAGUCUUCUGUGCAAAAUUCUUCUCCAUCUAAUAACAUCACCACCAAAAAAGUAUCCAAAAAAAAAUCUUCUUCUUUUAUUACAAAACCAUGGAAAUACCAUGAUCCAAACAGAAAGAAAACCCCCGUUUACAAGUUUUUCUUAAAGCAAAAAAAAUCUAAAAAACCAACUCUAUUAUCAGAUUCUUAUUUGAAUAAUUUGAAAACAAAUUCAGACUGUAAUUUAAUUAGAUAUGGUCAAUUUAACGGCAUGAAAGAUGAAAGAUGUCUGCGCUGUAAUGUUAAUUCGUCGUUUGAUAUUCACAGUAUAUACCAUUUGACAAAUGGUAUCAGGUGUCAUUGUAGAUUUACACCUUUUGUUCAAUCACCAUUAUCAAAAUCCGUCAUAAUACCACAACAACAACCUCAAUCUCAAUCUCAAUCCCAACCUCCUCUGUUAGACUUUGAAGAUGAAUUUUCGUUGGACGAUAGAAUUUCCGAAUUGGAUUGCCAAUUAGAUUCCUAUAAUAACAUCUCAAAAUAUACAAGUGCUUUAGCUUGUGACACUUUGAGCCAUACUCGUCGUCGUGACAGUUACAACACUCUAUUGUUGGAUGACUGUUCCAAGUUUGACAAUGAAGAACAAUACCAAUUACAGUCUCUAUGGCUAUGGAGAAGAUCCAAUUAA